CACACACUCCAUAUUUGAAAAUUUAUGGAAUGGACAGGCGCGAUCAAUGUGUACUUGUUUAAAAACUCCAAAACUGGUGCCAAGGAGCGAGCAGUGCAACCUUUGCGCUGUCUGAACCCGGUAGUGCAUAACUACCCUGGUCAGUCAGUGGCCACAUUAUGGCGUUUCAUGUGUCAAAACUUACUCUACGAUUACCAAAACCAGUAAGCUUUGGUUUGCGUCCAGUUAACGGAACUAAGCAUUCCUGCAUUGACAUUAAAUUUACCAAUAUAACGAGCGCUGCGAACAGUCGGUCAUUGCACUCAGUUUUCCGUCGGGCAAGUGAGAGUUGGUUGGCAAAUUACCGACUUUUAAAACCCAAGCCGAGAAAUUUUAGGUGGGCUGUGAGUACAGCCAAACGGUUGGAGAACUUCUCAUCAGCGUCGGUGGCCUCAAAGUCAUUCCAUUUGAAGAGUGUCAGUACACCCAAUAGGAAUAGUUGGUCCCGUUUAUAUACGGUCGCUCUCAGCGUCCUUGGGUUGUCCACCGGGGCUAUUGCAGCGUUGCACACCAGUGUUCUGCUAGCCAUGUCUGAAACGAUUGACCUGGACUCGGACAGGACCGCCUGGCAGGAUGCAAAGAGCCUACUCCUCUCUGCCAGUCAGGAGAAGAGACGAGGACACUACAGAAUUGAUUACCUGCCCUUGGAGGAAAUACCUGUCUGGACUUCAAAAGGUGCCUCACCUGCCCAGUCUCGUUAUAAGAGCAAUGAUGCCCUGAGACAGAAAAUCUCACUCUUUCGUGGAGACAUCACCAAGCUGGAGAUCGAUGCCAUAGUUAAUGCAGCAAACAAAUCAUUGCUGGGCGGAGGUGGAGUGGAUGGAGCCAUUCAUCGUGGAGCCGGGCCACUGCUGAAGAAGGAAUGUGCCACGCUGGGAGGCUGUGAAACAGGGGAGGCCAAGAUCACCGGAGCAUAUGGCCUGCCAGCUAAACAUGUGAUUCACACAGUGGGCCCCAUAGCCUAUGGUGGAGUGGGUGACAAGGAGAGAAACGCCCUGCGAGACUGCUACCUCAACAGCCUCGAGACAGCUGUGCAGAACCAGCUGAGGACAGUGGCUUUCCCUUGCAUCUCCACUGGAGUCUAUGGGUAUCCACCCGAGGAUGCAGUGGAGGUGGCGUUGGCUACAGUGAGAGAAUACCUGGAUGAGCAUCAUGAACAGCUGGACCGGGUCAUCUUCUGCGUCUUUCUGAAGACAGAUGAGGAUCUCUACCAGCGCAAUCUCCCUCUGUAUUUCCCUCAGGCUGAGUCUGCUGGCCAAUCAGAGAGCCCCCCUGGUGGACAGGAUCUUCUGUGAAAAGCAAGCUAUGAUUGCCUGUCACCGUUGCCGUGGAUACGCUACGCCACCCAUCAUGGUUUUGCCUGACCUCCUCCUGCUCCUCGUCACCCACCCCCCACCCCCAUCACCCCAUCUCUGCUCGCUUUUUUAAAAUGUUGUUUUCUUCUCCCUCUGUAGAAAAAUCUGACGAACAUGUGUAAUUACUGUGGUACUGCUGGGAAAUGCUUAGAGAUGGAGGGGCUUGGCUGGGGCACAACACCGCCCGACACCUUCCUAAACAAGAUGUGCUCGCAAAAUACUACAUAGGGUCAAUAACAGGAAUUACGCUCACAGUGUCGAGUGUAGCACAGGCUGCGGUUUUAAAGGAAAAUUGGCAAAGUGAAGACCCAUUGAUUUAGUUUAUACAAUGUUAAGAUGAACAUUGUGCCUGGAUGUUAGGUAGGAAUGUUAGUAUAGCCCUCACAGUAUUAAUGCAACUUGCGAUUGUCACCUCAACGUUGGUGUUAAUGAAGUGGGUAUGAACCAUUAAAAUAGGUGGAAUCUUUAUGUUGACUUUCACACGCUUUUAACAAGUGUUACCUGAUGUGGUUCGCACUACAAGGAGUCAUCACUGACAUUUCCAUUACCGUAAUUUCCCUAUUAGCUGAGGUUUAUACAUUGAUUUUGCAAAAUUUCUUCAGCCAUUGGGUUAAUGCACGGGGGCAGUUAAUAUGGUAUUAAUAUGAUUUUGUUUUUUUAACUUGCAUAAAACACUGUCCUGCAGCUAAUACACAGGAAAUUACUGUAUAUCUGUUUUCUACUGACCACCCUGUGUAAGUGCACAGUUUGUUUAAUUCAUGAGAUUAAUAAUCUAUCAUAUCCUUUAAGAGGGGUGAUGUAUUUGAGUGGAUUUGAAGUGAUGUUUGUAAUAUUAAUAGCCAAAGAUGUAAUUUGUAUUCUCUCAUAUGUGUCUACUUCAGCUAAAUAAACACUUGGCAACAUGUAGAGAGGGGAUGCCUUAUGGGCACAUGUAAGUUAUUGAACCUAUUAGACCGGAGGAAAUGGAGACAUAGCUUAGCCUCUGUCCAUGAUCUCAACACUCACAAGCCUACAAUUAAAUAACUUUUCCCUCUCUGCUAUUUCACUGUAUGUCUGCGGGCUUGAUGAAGGAGUCUCAUUAAAGUCAAUUCUUUUGGAAACGUAA